UAAUGUUUAAUUUAGACGAUUAUUUGAAGUAUGGCAAUGCAUUGCUACCAAGUAAUUGGAAUGGUUCAACAUUUUGACUUUAACUGAACGUAUACAUAUGGCCGAUCGAGCAGGGGCGAGAGGAAAUGGAAAGGGUAAAGCCGAAGAAAUGGUGGGCUUCAUGAGUUCCUUUAACCGGGCGUCAAUUCUACUACUAAUCUUGAUUGCCUCCGUCCUACUAAUAAUCUUGAUUGCCUCCAUCUAUGAUCUUAUGCCAAUGAUUUUGAUUGAUUCAGAUCAAAACGUGAUCAGGAAUGUUGUGCGGAGAGUUAAUCCUAGCCCCCCUCCUCCUCCGACAAUAGCCGGAGCUAAAAAUUUCAUAGGCGCAAGAGGUCCAGGCCUAGCUCCAGCACUAGCUCCCAAUUACUAGUUCAGCAUUUGUACCAUAAUGAUCUGAAACCACAUUAUUCAUACUUCAUAGGCUGAUUCAUUGUUUCUAAGGUCAUUAAAGCAUUGAAAACUGUAGCUAGUUUUUUAAUUAUUGUAAAACAUAAUAUGUGUGAUCCUGUUUGUUGGAAUAUUGGUCCCUGGAUGGAUUGGAAAAUAAAGGAACAAAUUUAAAGGCAUCAGUUUUUUA